AUGGAGCGCUUCGAGUCUCUGCAGCAGCAGAGAGAGCGCGGCGCAGGUGGCGCCGCGAUUGGCGGAGGCAUGACGCGAUUCGAGAUGGAUGAUGACGAGGUGGAGGAGGAGGGGGGCGGGGAGGAUUUGGAGGAGCUAGAGGAAGGGGUGCUGGAUGUGAUUGUAGGGGAGAGUGACUAUGACGAGGAGGAGGAGGAGGAGGAAGAGGAGGAGGAGGAGGAAGAGGAGGAGGAGGAGGAGGAGAAGGAGGAAGGGGAGGAAGGGGAGGGGAUGGGGAUGGAGGGGAUGAACAUGAGUGAGAGGGUGCAUCAGCUGCAGAUGCGAGUGCAGCAGGCUCAGUAUGCCACCGAUGCUGGUGCAGCUGCAGCUGGUGCGGUGAUCACGGCUCGUGAUCUGGCGAGGCUGUUCGACCAUCCCAUUGACAAGUUUCAGCGAGUGGCGAUAGAGGCGUUCCUGCGGGGGUCGUCAGUGGUGGUGUGUGCGCCCACCAGCAGUGGCAAGACACUCGUGGGGGAGGCAGCAGCAGCGGCCACCAUGGCACGGGGAGGGCGCCUCAUCUACACCACGCCACUGAAGGCCCUCUCCAACCAGAAACUCAGGGACUUCAGGGUGAAGUUUGGGGAGGGCAACGUGGGGCUGCUGACUGGUGACGUGGCAGUGAACAGGGACGCGCCCAUCCUCGUCAUGACCACUGAGAUCCUGCGCAACAUGCUCUACACCAGCAUGGGAGCGGGCGAGGCGGAGGAGGAGAGGCUAAGGGGAGUGGAGGCGGUGGUGCUGGACGAGGUGCACUACCUCUCUGACAUCUCCCGAGGCACUGUGUGGGAGGAGACGCACUCACAGCAGGCGGUGGUGCUGGACGAGGUGCAUUACCUCUCGGACAUCUCAAGGGGCACCGUGUGGGAGGAGACGGUGAGUGAGGGGGAUGGGCUGGCUGGUGGUGGGGAAUGGGUAUCACGGCUCACACUAGUGAUGCUGGACGAGGUGCAUAACAGCGAGCACCAAGGCCAAGCAGUGAUCACCCAGGUGAUCUACUGCUCCAAGGCCAUUCAGCUCGUGUGCCUGCCUCUUGAAAGAGACGCGACAGAAUUCUCUCCUACCCACCCACCCACACCACCCACCUACCCCUCCCUCACUACGCUGAUGAAGGACUCUGCUGCCUCCUCUGCGACCUUCACAACCCAUAAUACAUCUCCUUUCCCAUUGCCAUUGCCAUUUUCCUUUCCCGCCCAUCCGCCUGCGACUUGUGAGUCGACUCAAAAGUCACCUCAUAAUACAUCUCCCAUUGCCAUUUUCCUUUCCCGCCCAUCCGCCUGCCUGCCCACCCUCCCACUCGCCUGCCUGCCCCACUGCCAUCAGGUGCAUGGGCAGACGGAGCUGGUCACCUCACAGCACCGCCCGGUACCGCUCAAGUGGCACUUCUCCACGCGCUUCCGCAUGCUGCCUCUUCUCGACAACCGCGGCCGCGACAUCAACCCGUACACACUAGCACUCGCUUGUCUCCUUCUCCCCCCCCCCUUCCACUUUUCCCUUCCAACCCUUCUCUUCCCCCCCCUGCUCCUCUCCCUCCCUUCUCUCCCCAUCCACUCCUCCCCUCUUUCCGCUUCGCUUUCUUUCACCCCUGUGCACGUUCCCUCCCCCAGUCAGCUGCUGCUGCGGCCAGCUGGCGACCCCUUAUUGGAGGAGCUGCAAUCCGGUAGGAUGCUGCCACGUGGCAGUGGCAGAUCCUUCCAACGGUGGGAUGCCGACGAUCAAACCAGCAGCAGCAGCAGCGGCAGGCGAGGCAAGGAAUCCAAGGGCUUCGCAGGGAGAGGAGCAGACAGAGACGCAGGGAGAGGAGGCAAAAAGGGCGGCAAGAACGGCAAGGGAAUCGCGGCGGCUUUGUCACGUAGCGGGGGAGGGUUAGCCGAGCUGGUGGGGAGGGGGCGGCGGGGGGAGGCGAAGAAUCGAGUAGAGGAGCUGUCGGCGCAGCAGGUGCAGCAGCAGUGGCGGCGGCAGGUGCCGCGGGUGAGAGACACACUGGAGCAGCUGAGAAGGAAGGACAUGCUGCCGGCCAUCUGGUUCAUCUUUAGUCGCCGCGGGUGGGUGGCAGAAGCGAUAGCGGCGCUGAGGCAGCAGCAGCAGCCGGAGGCAGUGAGGGAGGGGGCAGCGAAUGCAGAAGUGGUAGAAGCGAUAGCGGCGUUGAGGCAGCAGCAGCCGGAGGCAGUGAGGGAGGGGGCGGUGGAGGCGCUCAAGAAGGGGGUGGCGGCGCACCAUGCGGGGUGCCUGCCUCCUUGGAAGGGGUUUGUGGAGGACCUCUUUCAACGCGGGCUCGUCAAGGUCUCGUUGAAGAAGGGAGUGGCAGCACACCAUGCGGGGUGCCUGCCUCCCUGGAAGGGGUUCGUGGAGGACCUUUUCCAACGGGGGCUCGUCAAGGUGGUGUUCGCCACAGAGAUCCAGUCAGCUCGCAUCAACGUGGUAUUCGCCACGGAGACACUGUCAGCGGGCAUCAACAUGCCAGCUCGCACCACUGUGCUCUCUGCGCUAUCCAAGCAUCUGGGCGGGGGCAACGCGGGUCGCAGCCUUCUCUCAGCCAACGCACUCCUGCAGAUGGCGGGGAGGGCGGGGAGGAGGGGCAAGGACAAGCAGGGGCACGUGGUGGUGGUGCAGACGCCCUUUGAGGGAGCUCAGGACUGCUGCCGCCUGCUGCUGGGAGGGGCUGAUCCCCUCGUCUCUCAAUUCACCGCCACCUAUGGCAUGGCGCUCAACCUGCUGGGGGUGGGUGGUGCUCCAGUGUGGCAGGAGAAGACAGAGGCGGGCAGCGGUGCGGGCCCAGAAGGGGGUGACUCAGGCGAGGGUGACGCUACCAGUAACGGUGCUGCAGGCGAGCCACCUGCAGCAGCUGCUGCAGGGGAGGAGGGCCAAGCAGCCGAUGCUUCGGCAGCGGCAGCUGCGUUGGUGCCGGUGCGGCGGGGGCGCAGCAUGGAGGAGGCCAAGGCGCUGAUCGAGAGGAGCUUUGGGAACUACCUGGCCAGCGAGGUGCUACAGCAGGCGCGGCAGCAGCUAGCGACACUGGAGGAGAAACUGCAGCAGCUGAGGCAGCGCAGGGGGGAGGUGGAGAGGCAGAUGAGGAGCGAGGAGGAGGGAAGCGACGAGGUGACAGGCGCGUUCCGAGCCAUGGUGGGAGAGUUCGUGUCCACGCGGCACACGGUGGCAACACUGCAGAGGCAAUUGUUUCAGCAGCGAGCAUCCGCCCUUGACCCCCAGAUACAGGACGCCUUGCUCUGGGCUGACGAGCCUCAAGAGGCUCACGCGGCACACGAAGCACCCGUUGCUGCUGCUGCCGUUGCUGCCGCUACAGACGGCGCUGCUGCCUCUGAUGAUUUGCCUGCAGUUGAAACUUCAGCAGCCGCUAGUGGGAUGAAUGGUGCCCCUGAUUUUACUGUGCCUGGUGGGAAUGGUGCUGCUCGCCCCGCUCCCGCACCUGUGGGGCGCAGGCUCGUGGUAACGGCGAAGUUCCCGGACCUGGCGUCCGGGGCUGUGCGGUCGGUUCGGGGGCUGCUGGUUGGGCAGCUGGAGGCGCUUCCCCCGUACCUGCAGGAGGAGGGGGAGGACUGGGCGGAGGAAGGAGGGGUGGGGGAGGAGGAGGGCGGUGAUAUGGGGAGAGUGGCGAAGGGAAGAGUGGUGAAGGGAAAGGGGGAUGGAAAGAGGAGUUUGCGGAAUAGUGGAAGGGGAGGAGAGGGAGGGGAGAGGGGAAGGGAGCAGGAGGAGGAGGAGGAGGAGGAGGAAGGGAGAGAGGCCCAAGGACUGAAAAAGGUGGCUCAAUUGGGCGUUAUAGGGGAGGAUUCCCAUUGGUACGUCCUCCCCUCGCCCUGCAUCCGCCAGCUAAUCAGAGCGCAGUACGACCCCACCGACCAAUCGGAGCUCGCCAUGUCAGCGGCCGACGGGCGGCAGCUCGUUGGCAGGUACCUCUGGCCGGAUGGCCGGCAGGACGAGGCAGAUGAGACGGCUGGGUGGCAGCGGGCGGCAAAGCUGAAACUUUUCCUGCCGCCUGUGCCGGAGAUGCUACAGGGAUGGCUCAGGGGGAGCAGAGGGGAAAAAGGGGAGAGAACGGAGGCUUCGGCGGUGUAUAAGCGGCGGCAGCAGCAGGUGACGGAGAUGGGGAGGUGUGAGUAUGAGGAGGGGAAGGUGGGGAGGCGGGUGGAGGCGCUGAGGAGGCGGAUUGCGGGGAUGCAGCCGGCGGGGUGGCAGGAGUUUGUUCAGGUGGUUCAGGUGCUGGCUCAGGCGGAUGCGCUGGACCCGCAGAGCAGCACGCUCAUGCCGCUCGGGGAGAUUGCCGCCAAGGUGAGCAGCGACAUGGCCAGGCCAGAACUUCCCUCUCCUUGCCUAUUAUCUGCUCCACCCUCCCUCCCCUGCACGCAGGUGCGAGGGGUGAACGAGCUGUGGAUCGCAGUGGCGCUCUCGCACCCCUCCCUCCCGUGCCUCUCUCCACCGGCCAUAGCGGGGUGCUGCGCUGCUCUGGUGUCUGAAGGCAUGCGCAUGCGCACAGGCGACGGCAGUUCGCCCUCCUUCCCGUACGAGCCUUCCUGGGAGGUGCAAGAGUGGGUGUACGAAGCUGAAGAGCGCCGCGAUUGGCUGAUGCAGCUCCAGCUGGCUGCCAACGUGGCAAUCCCUGCUGACCUGGACGCGCAGUUCGCUGGAGUGGUGGAGGCGUGGGCGCAGGGUGUGACGUGGCGCCAGCUCAUCGCUGACUGUGCGGGGCUGGACGAGGGGGACAUUGCGCGGCUGCUAAGGCGCACCAUUGAUAUACUUUCUCAGGUUUGUUGUGCCACUUCAUUGCUCCAGCCAACUACCGUCUCCCAAAGAUCAUCUCAAUCUAUCACGAGCAUCAUUGCCCCAUGUAAAGCAUCAUCUCUCUGCUUCCGGAUGCCUUGUCACAUGCCCUACCUCUCUCACUCUCCUCCAUGUCCCCACUCUCCCUUUCUCCCACCCUCGCUCGCUCCUCUUAUUGCAUCUCACGUUAUCCCUGCCUCCGCCUUUUCCACCUCUCUCCUCCUCUCCCGGCGUACACUCCUAUUGCAGAUCCCGUAUCUUCCAGGCAUCGAUCCCUCAUUGGCCAAGGCGGCAAAGCAGUCUGCGUAUGUCAUGGAGAGGCCACCUAUCUCCGAGCUCAUUGGCUGA